AUGCCCUUUUCUCAGUUAACGGAAGAGCAGCAAAUAAACAUUGCAAUGCGAAUGGGGCUGAUCGCCACUCUUCCUGUAUUUAUUUUUGAUGAAAUCGUUCACGAAAAAUUAACUGAGUGCGUAAUUUGUAUGUGUGACUUCGUGAAUGGUGAGGAGCUGCGGAGUAUGCCGACGUGUUCUCACACUUUCCAUCGCACUUGUAUUGACGAUUGGCUCAGUCGCUCCCCCACCUGCCCUUCGUGUUUGCAGGAACUGCGGUUCCCCUUGCAGCCACCAGUUCCACCUUCUCAGCCUGAACUCCCGUCGGACGGCGAUAAUGUGGCAACCACAUCGGGAGCGGCAGGUCGCCAACCCUCUCCAGAUGAUCCGCGUACAUUGCGGCAACACCAAGUUAAGGAGAGAGCUAAACCAAGGUCGUCUGCCUCGACUCUUCCCUCCUAA